AAAUUUAAAUUUCAUCUUGGCUGAACAAAGUUGGUGCCUACCUUACAAAACACGAACUUAAAAAUUUUACUUUUAUUCGCCUUCACUGUCUAAACAUUUCGAAUUGGCAGGCUUGACCACUAAAAUCGAAAGGCUGCGUACGAUCGAUGAUGACAGAGAAAAAUCCUUUUUCCGGGCCUAUUAGGCGAACAGAAAUACCGAUUUACCGCGACCAGGUGGACAGGUUCCGUCAUGAAACGGUGAAAGCUCAAGAGGCAUUGGAGGAGCCUCUUUUGCUGAGGAAGUUUCUUGGAGAGUCAAUUUCAACCUGCAGACAUCAAGUUGCAGAUGUUUACAACAAAUACCAUCCCGAUCUUACUGAAUUCAAAGAUAAAAUUGACACUGGAAUCGCCCACGCCAAUGUGACCAUUGAUUAUCUGAGGCAAGAGGAAAAUGACAUAUCAAGGGUUGGUGCUGUAGCAAUGGCUGGUAUGGCUGGACUUAUCCUUGGUCUUAGGGGAGGCAUCAUCAGAAAACUCUUCUACACCUCCACUGCAGCAACUGGUAUGGCUGCAUUGUGCUACCCUACUCAGGCAAUUGAUGUCUCCAAGGACCUGAUGGUGCAUUCUAAGAAGUACGCUUUGAUCAGCUAUAACUUCAUCAAAGGAGUAGAUUCAGGAGAAAGUAAGCCUGCUGCUGUCUCGUCCCCAGCUAAGGUUGUUAAGCUGUCAGAACCAUCAAAACCAAAGGCUCCAUUGGUAAAAGGUGAUCCUGGAAUGUCUAAUCCGGAGGACAAAGACAUGUACACAACUCGUUCGUAGAAAUAAUGUCUCCCGACAGAACUUUGGCAGUGUGCUGCGGCUAAUUUAGACAUUCACAAUAGAACGUCUUUUUAUUAGCUGAUUGUGUAUAAAUUAAUUUUGUUGAUUUUAUUUAGACGUUAGUCCUGAAAAAUAAAACGACAACUGUAUCCACUAUAAA